UAAUGAACAAUACACAUCAUCACACAAAUGGGUAUCGAACGGAAAAGCCAAAAAAUGAAGAAGAUCUAGAGGAUCCUUACGCUAAUCUCUCGGAUUUCUACAAAAAUCAUCCGGCAGCACGGAAUGAAGCAUGUUCGUCAGCUUCUAAUGGCGGCUCUAAAAGUGUGAAAAUGGAGCCAAAAGUGGAAAAAAAUGAAGAAUUUGAAGAAUAUAUUGGUGAUCCUGUACGAUUAGAAGAUAUGGAACCAUUUGCAAGACCAUCACUUCGAGAUGAUGCACCACUUUCAUCUAUUUUACAUCCGGAUCUUGAUGGAAUUGAUCCGAGAAUCUUCUUCAAAGACUUCAAUCCAAACAAAACUCUUCGUUUCUCUCGACUUUUUGCUCAAAAUAUCAAACAUACGUCCCGUGCCGAGAUCUGGUGGGCUUCCCGAACCUUCUCCAAACAUCAACGCAAAAAAGAGCCCGAAGAGCCCCUCGCUGAUGACGUCAUCGUUGGAGCCAAAAAGCUGAAGCUUAACAUCAUUGAGAAGGUGCCACGUGUCAUGUUGGCUGACGAUGAAGAAGAACGAAUGCGGAGACCGAUACUGACGGAUGCAGAGGAAAUGGCAAAGAAAAAUGAAGAGGGUACGGUAGUUCAGCCGUGGAGAACGGGUCCCGCCAAGAUUUGGUAUGAUAUGAUGAAUUUGCCGAUGACUAGUCAAGCUGUUAAUUAUGGAUUCAAACUGAAGAAAUCUCCUCAAAAAGUAUCAAUUCGAAGUGGAAAACCGCUCAAUUACCGUACCCCGGAUGAUCUACCAUCCACGUCAUCAGGCCCCGCCCCAAACUCCGCCCCUUUCUUGGAUAAAGUGGAAGUAAUUGAUAAAAGUUGUGAAGCUUCAACAUCAGAAGAUAUUCUAUUACCAUAUCAAGUAAUUGAAUGGGAAAAUGAUGUGAUAUUAGAUGGAGAAGAAGUUAAAGAUCAACUUUUGGAAGAAUUUUCGAAUGGAAGAGGUUGUGGAUGGAUUCCCACACAGUAUACGAGAACUUAUGAGCAUUUUGUAUAUGCUGCCAACAACAACGCAUUCGAGCAAAUGUUCGACGGAAAAUCCGCCCCGAUCAACCUAACAGGCCCAGAUUCGGCAAUUCUUCCAACACCCGGUCACUCGAUAUUCCCCUCUGCUCCAUGUGACCUCGAUAUUCUUCCAUGGGAAACUAACAUCAUUUGGGAUGCCGACGCGAUGCCUUCAACACUUGAACCAAUCGAUUUUCUCGUAGAUUUCCAAGAUGAUCCUCUGAUUUAUGGAAUGCCAGAAGAUCGGAGACACGAUGAAGGACCCGAUCAUCAUCAUCAUCAUCAUCAUCACAGAAAAGACGGUCAAUACACGAAAAAGUCGAAAAUGAUACUGGGACAAGUACAACAGCGGCAAAAACAAGAAGAAGACGAACAAAUGGAGAGUACGAUGGCCCAAUUCACUGAUAAUGAUCCAUUUAAUCUGUCGAAUGAUGAUUACUAUGUACCCAAAGCCACUUCGAAAACUCUAUCCAAUAACUCUUUGCUCAUUCAACAUUCGACGCCUGCCACCAACAUUGCCACACACUUCUUCCCGACACACCCGUCGGCGUUUAGACUGAGAUAUUGGCAUCGGACACCUUUUACCAGGAGAAUUGUCAGGCAUUGGCAGCCUAUGCGGUUUCAGCCAAUCCAAACGCCAGUAAAACACCAACAACGUGUAGCUGCAAUGCGUGAAGCAAUGCGACAAGCUCAAGGAGGUGGAGAAGUGUUCUAUAUGAGAGAUGUUCAGGAUUUAAGUGGAAAAGAUGAGACACUAGUGAUGAUUGAAUAUAGUGAAGAGCAUCCUGUAAUACUAUCACAACCUGGAAUGGCUUCAAAGAUGAAGAAUUAUUUCAAGAGAAGACAGGCUAAUGAUUCGGAACCGACUUUUACCUUUGGAGAAUUGGCGUUUUCUCAUCAAAUUCCUUUUCUGGGACAGCUACAGCCUGGACAAUCACUUCAAAGUAUUGAGAAUAUGCUUUAUAGAGCUCCGAUCUAUUUGCAUAAGAGACAGAAUACUGAUUUCCUUCUGAUUCGCAGUAUGAAUCAAUGGUACAUCCGACCACUUCCAUCAAUUUUCGUCGCAGGCCAACAAUGUCCUCUAUACGAAGUUCCAUCUCCAAAUUCAAAACGUGCAACUGUAUUUGUACGGGAUUUCCUGUUCGCAUUCAUUUAUCGCCUAUUCUGGGCCUCUGAUUCAUCACCUCGUCGCCUAAAAAUGGAUGACGUCAGAAAUGCAUUCCCUCAUUACGCAGAGUCUAAUAUUCGGAAACGCCUAAAAAUGUGCUCGACUUUUGUUCGUCAGGGCUCUGAAACGUAUUGGUCGUUGAAACCAGACUUUCGAUUACCUUCAAAAGAAGAAGUUUUAUCAAUGGUUACACCUGAAAUGUGUUGUGCUCAAUAUAGUAUGAUGGCUGCUGAGCAACGCUUGAAAGAUGCUGGAUACGGAGAAAAAUACUUUUUCACGCCGGAAAAUGAUGAGGGAUCCGAGGAUGAGGUCACUAUUGAGGAUGAAAUCAAGUGUGCACCUUGGAAUACGACUAGAGCGUUUUUGGCUUCCCAACGUGAAAAGUGCCUUCUGGAUCAAACAGGAAUUGCUGAUCCGACAGGUUGUGGACAAGGAUUCUCCUACGUUCGAGUAUCCCAAAAACCACAUAAAGAUGAGAAUGCGACGCCCGUUCCGAAGAAAUUGGUGACUGGAACAAAUGCAGAUUUAAGAAAACUACCGUUGAAAGAAGCGAAACAGAUUUGUAGAGGAUAUGGUGUUAAGGAAGAAGAGAUUAGUGCACUGACAAGAUGGGAAAUUAUUGAUGUUAUUCGAACAUUAUCGACACAAGCUGCUAAAGCUACUAAGGAUGGAGAAAUUAUAGCAGUAUCCGGAAUGGCUCGUUUCGCACGUGGAAAUACUCGAUUCAGUUCAGCAGAUAUGCAGGAAAAGUACAGAAAACACUGUCAACGGAUCUUUGAUCAACAGAAUCAGACUCUAGCGAAUACUGAUCCAAUAUCAACAGAUGAUGAUUCAACAGAUGCAGAUUCUGAUAAUGAGGAGUUGGCGUCUCGACUGGAAAGUAUGUUAGAAGCGAAUAAAGGGAAAAAGAAUAUUUCAAUGUCUGAAAAAGCGAAAAUUGACUUUGAAACCGAGGAAAAAGAGCGAGAAGAUCUGAAACGAAUGAUUCAUGGAACAACGAAUCAAGUGGAGAAAGGAGAGAAAAAAGAAGAAGGAGAAGUUACUGCAGAAGAGAAGAAAAGUGCUUCACAAUUUGGAGAAGAUGUUGCUAUGUCUGCAUCGAAGAUCAGUGGAAUCACGGCAAAUCAGCAGUUGAAGAUCUAUAGAACUUGUAAAGGACCAGAUGGAAAAGAUGUAACACGGAUUGAGAUUGUUACGAGGCCACAGCUUAUUGAGGCUUAUACACGGAUUCGAAUGACUAGGGAUGAUACUUUUAUUCAGGUAUACGCACAAAUGGAUGAACAGUAUAAGGAGGAGAAGCGAAAAAAGAAGCGCCGACUUCAAGAUCAAAUACGUCGAAUGAAAAAGAAUGAGGAGAAGGCGGCUCAUAAAGUACAGAAAAUGACUGAAAAGAAGGUUAAACCGAUCAAACCUCCAAAUCCGAAUCUUCAAAAAAUGCGAUGCAGUGCUUGUCAUGCCUAUGGACAUAUGAAAACCAACAGAAAUUGCCCAUUAUAUGGAAAAGAUCCAUUGACACCGUUGAAAGAAGAAGAUGAAGGAUCUACUAUCAUGACUUCUGUAUCUUCGGCGUCACUGGUGGCUCCAGAUGCUGUUCAGGUUGACGGUACAAAAGUGAAAUUUAAUCUAAAUUUCGCUGAAAUUCGAAAAGAACAGAACAGAGAGGAGAAGCUCAAACGAAAACUGGCAAAAAUGGCCGAAGCAGCAGUGAGAGAACGUCAAAUGGCUCAUUUAAUGGAAUAUGGAGGAGGAGCAUCUUCUUCUGGUGGUGCCGGUGGUGGUGGCUCAGGAAUUGGUGGUUCAACUGGUGGAGGAAUUACGGAUAAUGAUGAUGAUGAUCGAUUCUCACAGAUUUCUGGAACUUCAUCGUUUUUGAAUGGACCACCCGGAGCGAUUCGUGGCGGAAACCGUAACUCAUCAGUAAGCGGCUCAAAACGUCGUUCAUCAAUGAUGCCAGAAGAAGAUUAUCUACAAGGACCACUUAAAGUUGCUCACAGAGCCCGUGCCGAUCCGAAAGUAGUGAUGUCAUCAAUGUUAACAGAUAUUGUCAAUGAACUGAAAAUGAUUAGCGGUUCGGAUGCAUUCGUGACACCGGUUAAUUCGAAAAAAGUCGUCGAUUAUUAUAAUAUCAUUAAAAAUCCGAUUUCUCUGCAAGAAAUCAAAAAGAAGAUCAGUGAACAGAGCUAUUUGUUGAGAAAAGACUUUUUGGAUGAUAUAAAGUUAAUGUUUGACAAUUCGAGAAUGUAUAAUGGAGAUAAUAACAUUUUGACACUUACUGCACAGCAGAUGCUCCAACUUGCUGGAAAACGAAUGAUUGAACGUGAGCAAAAAUUCAUUGGACUGGAAAAGCAGAUUAAUCCCCUACUGGACACAAAUGAUCUCAUCGGUUUCUCAUAUCUUUUGGGAGAAAUUGUUCAAAAAAUGAAGAAUAUUCCGAAAUCUGCACUAUUCCAUACUCGUGUCGAUCCGAAAAAGAUUCCAGCGUAUUAUUUGAAAAUUUCCGAUCCAAUGGAUUUAAGUAUAAUGGAACAGAAGUCGAAAAGUCAAGAAUACAAAUCAAUUGAUGAGUUCUUGAAAGAUGCGGAGAAGAUUUACACGAAUUCGGUGGUUUUUAACGGAGCUGAAAGUGUUUAUAGUCUGAAAGCGAAGGAAAUGUUUGAGAUGGCUGAGAUGUUGGUUAAAGAUCAAAUGGAUACACUUGGAGAACUUGAACGAAAUAUUAAUCCAUCAGCUAUUAAUGAUGCUGCUGCUGCACAAAGAGGAUUAGCUAUGGAUUCGGAUGAUCAUAUGGAUGAAAUGGAAGAUCAUCCGACUGAAGAGGAAGAAGAGGAUGAUGAUGAUGAGAUUAUGGAUGAUGAUAUGGAUAUUGAUGCCACUGGUUACUCGUACGAUCACGAUGACAACGUUGCCGUCGGCCAAAUUUUCAACGACCUGGCAAUGUCGGAUUCAGAUGAAGAUGAACGGGCAGAGGAUGUGAAAAGGCCUGCUAAUGGAGAUGAUAACCUGUUGGACUCGUUUUAAAAUGAUUUAAAAAAAAAAAAUUUUAAUUUUUUCUUUAGGCACAUAUAUUUCCCCCGUUACGGUUUAUUUACCUUUAAUUUCUGAAAAAAAACUUUUUUUUUUCGUUGAAAUUUUAUUUCCCUCCCCCUCCCCCCAUUUUUUUCUCAUAUUGGUCUCUGUUUUAAUUAUAUUAUUUCAAGUAUUUAUUUUUCUCUUCCCCGAAUUUUUUUGAUCUACGAUAUGAAAUUUCCCACAAUUUUUUUGCGAAUUUUUUCAAAACUUUAAUUAGACCCUUCAGUAACCUCCAGCAGUGGAACCAAAAAUUUGAAAAUUGUUACUAUGAAUUAUGUGACGAAUUAGUUUUGCUUGAAAGGGCCUGCAAAAAGGCAUGAAAAUUGUAGACUACAAACUACAAAUUUCAUUGAAAAUUAAAUUCCGAAAUUUUCGAUAAA